GAAUGUUUUAAAGGAAGUUGGGCUACUCACAAGUUACUACACAAGAAAGCAAAAGAUGAAAAGGCAAAGCGAGAAGUGUCUUCCUGGACUGUGGAAGGUGAUAUUAACACCGACCCAUGGGCAGGUUAUCGGUAUACGGGUAAACUCCGGCCACAUUAUCCGCUGAUGCCGACAAGGCCAGUGCCAAGUUACAUUCAAAGGCCGGAUUAUGCUGAUCAUCCCUUAGGAAUGUCUGAAUCUGAACAGGCUCUUAAAGGUACUUCUCAAAUUAAACUGCUCUCAUCUGAAGAUAUAGAGGGGAUGCGACUUGUAUGUAGGCUUGCUAGAGAAGUUUUGGAUAUCGCUGCUGGGAUGAUUAAACCAGGUGUAACCACGGAAGAGAUAGAUCACGCUGUACACUUAGCAUGCAUUGCAAGAAAUUGCUACCCUUCUCCCCUGAAUUAUUAUAAUUUUCCCAAGUCUUGUUGUACCUCAGUGAACGAAGUCAUCUGCCAUGGAAUUCCAGACCGACGGCCCUUGCAGGAAGGUGAUAUAGUCAACGUGGACAUCACUCUUUAUCGCAACGGUUAUCACGGGGACCUGAAUGAGACCUUCUUUGUUGGAGAAGUGGAUGAGGGAGCACGGAAACUCGUUCAGACCACAUACGAGUGCCUGAUGCAAGCCAUCGAUGCAGUGAAGCCUGGUGUUCGAUACAGAGAAUUGGGAAACAUUAUUCAGAAGCAUGCCCAAGCAAAUGGAUUUUCAGUUGUCCGAAGCUACUGUGGACAUGGGAUCCACAAGCUUUUUCAUACAGCGCCCAACGUACCCCACUAUGCCAAAAAUAAAGCAGUUGGAGUGAUGAAGUCGGGCCAUGUAUUUACAAUUGAGCCAAUGAUCUGUGAAGGUGGUUGGCAGGAUGAAACCUGGCCAGACGGCUGGACGGCAGUGACGAGAGACGGGAAGCGAUCUGCCCAGUUCGAGCACACCCUGCUGGUCACGGACACUGGCUGUGAAAUCCUCACCCGGAGACUCGACAGCGCUCGGCCUCACUUCAUGUCCCAGUGCUGAUCUCUCCCGGAGCGCUCAUUGCCACAGCACCUCUGCGGUUCUGUGCGUGUUAGCGAGAGCACAGGAGGGAAGAGGAAGUUUUUUACCACUUGUUUUGUUUUGACUGUAGGUGAGAAAGGACUGCAGGCCUUGAUGUGUCCUCCAGAACUUGUCUUGGGUCUGAACAGGCUGAGAAGAAUAAAGGAAACACUGCUCAACUCCUGUCAGUGCCCGCCCCUCCCAUCCGCACACCGCGUUCUCACUCGCCCUCGAGCACUUUCACUUAAGCCUGCUUCUAGUUGCUUCUGUCACUGCCACAAACGAGCCGUCACGAGCCAGCUGCUUUCCAGGUGAACGGGAAGAGGAGCGUCCUUGAAACUUGAGCAGCGUGUGUCGCUUCAGAAUUUUAAAGAUGGUAUAUAUGGAAAUAUAUAUGUAUACAUUUUAAACUCCAUGCCCCCGAUGGCCAAACACUGAGCGGCCAGGGGUUCGUGUUGAUUCUGCUCUGACGGGUAUGUGCGGUCCUGGGACCCGUAGUGCGCAGUGAUUUAGUUCCUGGUUGGGAGUCGGCCCCGUCCCCCGUGCUCAUUCUGGACCCGUAAUUGUGUGUUGGGAAGGGAAGCACUUGCCGCGAGCCUCCGGGGUGGGCUCUGUGUGUCAGUGGGGAAAGCGGUCAAGUUUUACUUUGGAAGAAGCUUUAUCAGGCUUUUAAAAGUCUAGUUUAUGGCAGAAAUAGCCAUGCCCCAAGAGAGAAGGGAAUGGGAAUUCUGUAAUACACUGCUAUUUCAGACCUUUAUUUAGUCAAAAAACAGGGGCCCCCUUUCCUUCCCUUCCCCUCCUAUUUUAUUUCAAGGGCACACCUUGGAGAUACUUGGAGAAGGGUGGACGUUGCACUGUGGAGGGUGAUGGGGAAGAGUCUAAACUGUGUCCAGCUGUGAGCACAGGAAGUCAGGUGGGCGCUCAGUGGGCCUGCGGGUGAUGGCGAGGACCUCCCCGAGUCCUGUAACCUGGCAGUGGGGCCCAGCUGCGGUCAGUGUGCUGCAGACACCUCCCUUGACUUAUGGGCAGCCUCAUCAGACAUCACCUCCAUGGCCUGGCAUCGUGUUCCUUUCAGCGGUGUCCAAAUCGGAGUGUAUGCAGUGAAGACAGAGCGGCCCAUAGAGGCGUGGGUGUGGAGUGGGCUUGUCACUGGUGUCUGAUGACGCCCGUAGUGCAUUCGGGACCCUGACACACUGUACUUGCGAGAGAACAUCUUUCCCAGAGUGCCUCGGACCUUAUUGCUUUAAGAGAAUUAUGACAACGUUUUCAUUACUUUUAUUAUCUUAAUGAUUUAGUAAGGUGACUGAAUCUGGUAUAGACUUUUGGGGAAUGUGUGUGAAGUUUUUAUCAAACUGUAAUAUUUGUGAAUGGAAUGCCUUGCAAUAUGAAUGUUAAUAUAAUGUGUAAAGGGAGAUUAAAAAGUUUGAAUGAUUA